GUUGACUUUAGCUGACAAUUCAUUAUAAUUGAAUAAUUUUGACAUAAGCUUAUUUAAUCUGUAGAUAAGGUAAACCCGUAUACGAGUACCGCAUCGUGGGUUCGCAUACGAUUUUAUUCAAAUUUAUUUAAUUAUUGUAAAAUUUACUAACAGUUAAAAUGCCUCCUAAAAAAGUAGAGGAGCCCGAAAAGAAACCUCUUAUUGGAAGAGUGGGUACGAAUUUAAAAGUGGGAAUAGUUGGUGUCCCAAAUGUGGGGAAGUCUACAUUUUUCAAUGUUUUAACUAAAAGUCAAGCAGCUGCAGAAAAUUUCCCUUUCUGUACAAUUGAUCCUAAUGAAAAUAAGGUACCAGUACCGGAUGAGAGGUUUGACUACCUUGUCGCCUUCCAUAAACCAGUUAGUAAAGUACCUGCAUUUUUGAACGUUGUGGAUAUCGCUGGUCUUGUCCGAGGUGCCGCUGAGGGACAGGGUCUUGGAAAUGCAUUCCUAUCCCAUAUUAAAGCGUGUGACGCAAUUUUCCAUCUCUGCAGAGCAUUUGAUGACGAAGAUGUAAUUCACGUAGACGGUGAUGUUAAUCCUAUUCGAGACUUAGAAACCAUUGGAGAAGAGCUGCGGCUUAAAGAUGAAGAGCAACUCAUGCAAAACAUCGAAAAAUUAGACAGGACUGUCAAUCGUGGCGGUGAUAAAAAACUGAAACCCGAAUAUGAAGCCUUGACAAAAAUAAAAACAGUUUUAGUAGAUGAAAAAAAACAUAUUCGAUUUGGCGACUGGAGCGCAGCCGAAAUAGAGGUUCUCAAUAAAUACCUGUUCUUGACAUCAAAACCCGCACUUUAUCUUGUGAACUUAUCGGAAAAAGAUUAUAUCAGGAAAAAGAACAAAUGGUUACCAAAACUUAAAGAAUGGAUCGACAAAAACGACCCUGGAGCCCCUCUUAUACCAUUCUCUGGUGUAUUGGAGAGCAAAUUAUUAGAUAUGGAGCCCGAUGAAAGGCAAAAAUUUCUUAAAGAUAAUAACAUCACAAGCGCAUUAGAUAAAAUAAUUGUCCAAGGCUACAAGGCGCUUCAGUUGGAAUACUUCUUUACUGCGGGUCCAGAUGAAGUCAAAGCCUGGACUAUCCAGAAAGGCACUAAAGCACCUCAAGCUGCGGGAAGGAUUCACACGGAUUUCGAGAAAGGUUUCAUUAUGGCAGAAGUUAUGCAUUAUAAGGAUUUUAAAGAAGAAGGCUCAGAAGCAGCUUGUAAAUCGGCUGGGAAAUAUAGACAACAAGGGCGUAAUUACGUGGUAGAGGAUGGUGAUAUCAUUUUCUUCAAGUUCAACGCUGGCGCUGGACUCAAGGACGCUAAGAAGAAAUGACGCGACAAAGUUCUUUUACUCUUAGUACACAUGCUGUACCUCAACCUCGCGUUAUACACGCUAUUACACGUUGCUUGAAAUGCAGACAUUUUUAUACCAUAAUAAAUUAUUAUAUAGGUGGGCCAGAAAGUUAUGUAUAUUUCAAAAAUUCGUAAUCAAAGCAAAAUUAGUGUAUAAACAAGUAUUUAUAUAAUAAGAAUAAACAUUUAGGAGAAUUAUCACGCAUCAAACUUUCGUCGAAUGUGGAUCUCAAGUUGGUAAAAACGCGUCCGUUAGAAUUCACAUAAAGCUUGCGCUUGACGAUUCUCAAAGAAAUAUAUGGACCAAUGAAUCCGUAUGCUGAAAUGGGCGCCAAAACGGUUACCUACGGCAAAUGUAAUGUUUCUGAUGUUUUAGAUGUGGAUUGUUAACGGCCUAGUAACGGCGAUUUUGUUUAUUUAUGUUUCUAUCUAAGUGAAAAUGGGCUUCAUCAGAAAACAAUAUUGUAAAACUUUAAAAGCCAUCAAUCAUUAAUUCGACCAAACCACGGCGUAAAUCGUGAUAAUUUGGGUUAAGAGCUUGCACUAAAUAAGUUUUAUACGGGAUCGAUUUAGAUCUUUCGUCAAAAAUGUUCUGGAUACAGCAAGUUCCGCUGAUUGCUUGCGAGUUGAAAGUCCUGGAGUACGCUCUACAAAAGUUCUAAAUUAGUUAAUUGUUUCUUCUGUUCUGAUGACCUUGGACGUCCUGCAGGUUUCUGGUUAAGAGUCGAACUACUAGAUUCAUGUUUUCUAACCUAAGACCCAAUUACACUCUUACUGGGACACAGACUUAGGUCAUGUAAUCUGAACUCAAAACGAAAUAAGCGACGAAAAACAAUACAAGAAUCGUUAUUUUUGUAAUAUUUUUUUAGACAGAACGUUCAUGCUCACUUUGGAAAUUCUCCAUAGUGGUUAAUUACUGAGACUUGAGUUACUUAGCCCAACGACCCGCGUACUUCUCUCGCAUUCCAUACUAACGCAAUGGAGUUUUUAGAAUAAUACGUCUUUCUGUCCCAGUCUAUAUGCCUUAUAUACUAAUAAAAUAAAGUUGUUAUUGUUUGUAUGACUAAGUUUAUUAGGAGCUUUUGUAAAUCAACCUUGUAAUAAGUAAUAAUUAAAUAACUUCAACAAA